AAUGAAAGCUUACUGGGCCCUCUUGUCUAGAUUCACUCUUAUUUUCUGCAUGCUAAACCCAUAUCUUGGAUUUUCGGGUCAGUCUAAGCUUGGCUCUGGCUAAGGUGCUGAGGAGGGGAGCACAGGGGGGCCCUCCCACUCUAAACUCCACCCUUUCCUUCCUGGAGGACGGCCAGAUCCCAGUGCUAGCUCCAGAGACCUCCCACUUUGGACUUAGAAACGCUUCAGCUCAGAAAGCAGUUCUGUAUUCCCCACAACUGCACGCAGUAAGCCACAGCACAAAGGAGCCACAAGGCCAAGAUCCAGAGAGGUGCGGUUACGUGUGGCUUUGGACCCCAGCCCCCGCCGCUCGCUAGCCUUGUGAGUGGGGGCAAGUCACCCAGCCUUCAGUCCCUUAUCUUAAAGCAAAGGUUUCAGUAGAUGGCAUGUUGUGAUGUUAAGGGAAGUAGGCUGCACUCUGGCCCCUGACGCAGCGGCAUGGAGCUGGUCCCGGACACCUCACGCCCGCCACUGCAGUACGUGAAGGGGAUCCCUCUCAUCAAGUACUUUGCCGAGGCACUGGGGCCACUGCAGAACUUCCAGGCCCGGUCCGAUGACCUGCUUAUCAGCACCUACCCCAAAUCUGGCACCACCUGGGUGAGCGAGAUCCUGGACAUGAUCUACCAAGGUGGCGAUCUGGAGAAGUGUCGCAGGGCCCCCGUCUUUAUCCGGGUACCCUUCCUUGAGUUCAAGGCUCCAGGGAUUCCCACAGGUAUGGAGGUUCUGAAAGACACACCGGCCCCACGAAUCAUCAAGACGCACUUGCCCCUGGCCCUGCUCCCUCAGACCCUGCUGGAUCAGAAGGUCAAGGUGGUCUAUGUUGCCCGCAACGCAAAGGAUGUGGCUGUCUCCUAUUACCACUUCUACCGCAUGGCCAAGGUGCACCCUGACCCUGACACCUGGGACAGCUUCCUGGAGAAGUUCAUGGCUGGAGAAGUGUCCUACGGGUCCUGGUAUCAGCACGUGCGGGAGUGGUGGGAGCUGAGUCAUACCCACCCUGUUCUCUACCUCUUCUAUGAGGACAUGAAAGAGAACCCUAAAAGGGAAAUUCAGAAGAUCCUGGAGUUUGUGGGGCGCACCCUGCCAGAGGAGACCGUGGAUCUCAUCACCCAGCAAACGUCUUUCAAGGAGAUGAAGAAGAACCCCAUGGCUAACUACACCACCAUACCCCCUGACAUCAUGGAUCACAGCGUUUCGGCCUUCAUGAGGAAAGGCGUCGCGGGGGACUGGAAGACCACCUUCACCGUGGCCCAGAACGAGCGCUUUGACGCCCACUAUGCAGAGAAGAUGGCGGGCUGCAGCCUCCGCUUCCGCACGCACCUGUGAGUGGUGCUCCCCGAGGCACGCCCGCGGCCCCGCUGCUGUGACCCGGCCUGACCCCGGGGUCGAGAAUAAAAUUCCGUUUGUGUUAA